GUUUUGUAAGGGCUUGGUUGCUGGUGUCACCGCCAGAGAUUUGGUUUAUAUGGAUUUUGCAGUUUUCCAGCAGAAAUCUUGAGAAGCACUAAUCAGUUCAAAACCAUGGCCUUUGGUUCAGUGACAUUCAGGGAUGUGGCCAUAGACUUCUCACCGGAAGAAUGGGAAUUCCUGGACUCAGCUCAGAGGGACUUAUAUAGGGAUGUGAUGUGGGAAAAUUAUAGAAACUUCAUUUCACUGGCAGGACAUUCCAUUUCUACACCAGAUGUGAUUACAUUAUUGGAUGACGGGAAGGAGCCCUGGAUGCUUAUGAGGGAAAGGAUAAGAAGACACUACCUUGAUUUGAAAUCCAGAUACAGGACUAAUACUUUAUCUUCAGAAAAGGAUAUUUGUGAAAUAUAUUCAUUCCAAUUGGAAGUAAUGGAAAAAAUUAAAAGCUAUUGCCUUCAAGACUCCAUUUUUAGAAAUGAUUGGGAAUGCAAAAGUAAAAUUGAAGGGCAAAUGGAACCACAAGAAGGAUGUUUGGGGCAAGUGGAAAUUACUUCUGAAAAAAUGACCACAUACAAAAAGCAUAAUUUUCUCGCUGAAUAUCAGAGAGUUCAUAAUAGGGAAAAGUUGUAUGAAUGUAAGGAAUGUAGGAAGACCUUUAUUCGUCGCUCAACACUUAGUCAACACCUGAGAAUUCAUACUGGUGAGAAACCUUAUAAAUGUAAGGAAUGUGGGCAGGCUUUUAGACAACGUGCACACCUUAUUCGACAUCACAAACUUCAUACUGGUGAGAAACCCUAUCAGUGUAAGGAAUGUGGGAAGGCCUUUACAGUGCUCCAAGAACUUACUCAACAUCAGAGACUCCAUACUGGUGAAAAGCCCUAUGAAUGUAAAGAAUGUGGAAAGGCCUUUAGAGUACAUCAGCAACUUGCUCGACAUCAGAGAAUUCACACUGGUGAGAAACCCUAUGAAUGUAAGGCGUGUGGGAAGACCUUUAGGCAGUGUACACACCUUACUCGACAUCAGAGACUUCAUAUUGCUGAGAAGCUCUAUGAAUGUAAGCAAUGUGGGAAAGCCUUCGUGUGUAGUCCAGACCUUCGAGUACAUCAGAAAAUUCAUUUUGGUGAGAAGCCUUAUGAAUGUAAGGAAUGUGGAAAGACUUUUAGAAUAUGCCAACAACUUACUGUCCAUCAGAGUAUUCAUACUGGUGAGAAACCCUAUGAAUGUAAGGAAUGUGGGAAGACUUUUAGAUUAAGACAACAACUUGUUCGCCACCAGAGAAUUCAUACUCAUGAGAAACCCUAUGAAUGUAUGGAAUGUUGGAAGACCUUUAGUAGUUACUCACAACUUAUUUCACACCAGAGCAUUCAUAUUGGUGAGAGACCUUAUGAAUGUGAAGAAUGUGGGAAGGCCUUUAGACUGCUUUCUCAACUUACUCAACAUCAGAGUAUUCAUACUGGUGAGAAACCCUAUGAAUGUAAGGAAUGUAGAAAACCCUUUAGACUGCUCUCACAACUUACUCAACAUCAGAGUAUUCAUACUGGUGAGAAACCUUAUGAAUGUAAGGAGUGUGGUAAGGCUUUUAGACUUUAUUCAUUUCUUACUCAACAUCAGAGAAUUCAUACAGGUGAGAAACCCUACAAAUGUAAGGAAUGUAAGAAGGCCUUUAGACAGCAUUCACACCUUACUCAACAUCAGAAAAUUCAUAAUGAAAUUUAGUACAAGAAAGCCUUGAUGUGUACAUUAUGUUACAGAAUUCUCAAAAAUUCAUUUUGAGAAUUGUUUUCAUGCUCACAUCAAAGCAUAAGAAAUUUUAUAUGACGGGAAAAAUUUGCUUUAAAAGCCUUCCUUCACCAUUCAAACAUUUCCUCUGGCAAAUGUAUGUCAGAGAAUAAUACAAUUAAUAUAAGAAAAGCUUUAGCUUUCUUUAUCAUUGUCUCUAUCUCACCACUUUAUUACCACUUUGUUACUGGACAAGGUACUUAAACUUCUGUGACUCAUCUUGUUCACUUGUAAAAUGGUGAUAAUAUGUAUAUUAUUUAUUGCUGUAUAAUAAAUUACCACAACUUAAUUAAUAGCUUAAAAUAAUACAUAUAUAUUAUUUCACAAUUUCUAUGGAUUGGGAGUCUGGGUGUAACUUAGUUGGGUCCUCUGCUUCAGAAUUGCUCAUGAGGCUAAAAUCAAGAUUUUAGUUAAGGCUGGGUCUGAUCUGAAGGCUCAACUGGGAAAGGGAUCCACUUCCAACCUCAUAUGGUUGUUGGCUGAAUUUAUUUUCUUGAGGGCUACUGCACUGAGGUCCUAAGUUUCUGACUGUUGGCAAAAGGCUGACCUCAGUUCUUUGCCACAUAGGUCUCUUUAACAUGGCUGCUUCAUCAACAAAUAGUCUGCUAGAAUCAUAAAAUUUACAAUCUUGUGUAGUCUAAUCACUGAAGGAAUAUUUCAUCACUUUAUGUCUUCUACUGGCUAGAAGCAAAUUUCUAGGUUGCCUACACUCAAGGGAAGAGGAUUCCAUAAGUGUGAAGACCAGGAGGUAGGGACCACUGGGGCCAGUUUAGAGUCAGCUUGUGUACACUGUAAUAGAAUUGUAAGGAUUAAGUAGUUAAUAUUUGGAAAAAUAGCAGCCACAUAGCAUGUUUUCUGUACAUAUUAUCUGUAAUUGUUAUCAUUAGUAUUAGUGAAUUCAUAUGAAAGGAAUUUCCUAUAGAAGUAAAAAAUUGAGAAAUGCUUCCUAUUACUGUUCAGCACUUAUUUAAUUUAUUCUGGAUAAAACCUAGGAUGUUAUAUUGAAUGUGAAAAGUUCAUCAUUUAAGCUGCAUCAGAAAUUACAUGCUGAAAAGAAAGCCCUAAAAUUUUCAUGAAUAUGACAUUGUUAAGAGUACAACUAUUGCCCUGACCAGUUUGGCCUGCGGACCGAAGGGUCCCAGGUUCGAUUCCAGUCAAGGGCAUGUACCUUGGUUGCGGGCACAUCCCCAGUAGGGGGCAUGCAG